UUGUGGGGGCCCGUAAAGCGCGGAAGGUCGCGGUCCCCGGCUUUCCCCGGAACUUUUUGCUCCCUCCGCCCCGCCCCUUUCCCUUCCCCGUUCCCCGCGUUCUGGCGCCGGGACCCCCCAGCCCCCGCAGCUGUGUGGCUGCUGCCCCGCUGCCGCCGGGGUGCUGCUGACCGCGGAGCCCGCGGGGGCCCGUCAGUGUGCAUGUCGGGGGUCUCCGCCGUAGCCGAGUGAGAGCGCACCGCCGAGCUGCCGGCAGACGUGAUGUCUUACCGGUUGCUGUCGGUGGUCCGAAGACAAAGGACCGGCCGAGGAUGGCAGAACUGGUCGUCGGGGAGGAGCGGCGCGUCGGCUGCCGAGGCGCAUUCUGUCGCCCUGCCUGCCCAGGCGCAGGUGGUCAUCUGUGGUGGUGGGAUCAUGGGCACAUCCGUGGCCUAUCACCUCUCCAAGAUGGGGUGGAAGGAUAUUGUCCUUCUGGAGCAGGGCAGGCUGGCUGCUGGCUCUACGCGGUUCUGUGCUGGUAUCCUGAGCACCGCCAGGCACUUGACCAUCGAGCAGAAGAUGGCAGACUAUUCCAACAAACUCUACCACCAGUUAGAGCAAGAGACGGGGAUCCAGACAGGUUACAUAAGGACAGGCUCAGUCUUUCUGGCCCAAACUCAGGACCGGCUGAUCUCCCUGAAGCGCAUCAACUCAAGACUGAAUGUCAUAGGCAUCCCUUCUGAGAUCAUCUCCCCCAAGAAAGUCGCCGAACUUCACCCACUCCUCAACGUGCACGACCUGGUGGGGGCCAUGCAUGUUCCCGAGGAUGCCGUAGUGUCCUCUGCUGAUGUGGCUCUUGCCCUGGCAAGUGCUGCCUCCCAAAAUGGUAAGCAGUGGGCAUACGAGCUGGGUCUGUCCAACGAGGAGCCGGUUAGUAUCCCGUUACAUGCCUGCGAACACUUCUACCUUCUGACUCGCCCCUUGGAGACCCCUCUGCGGAGCAACACACCAACUAUUGUGGAUGCCGAUGGAAGAAUUUAUAUCCGGAACUGGCAGGGUGGCAUCUUGUCUGGGGGCUUUGAGAAGAACCCGAAGCCAAUCUUCACGGAGGGCAAGAACCAGCUGGAGAUUCAGAAUCUGCAGGAAGACUGGGAUCACUUUGAGCCCCUGCUGAGUUCCCUCCUGCGUCGCAUGCCAGACCUGGAGACUCUGGAGAUCCUGAAGUUGGUGAACUGCCCCGAAACC